ACAAAAUAAAUAGAGUCUGCCAGCCAACGUCAUGUUUACCGAACUGACUCAAGAAACUACGAUCCUAAUAAAGGAGCGACAGACACACUACCUCCCUCAAAUUUAAGACUUAUAUACUGUAUUGGAGGUACUCUCCGAGUUUGUCUAGCUUAACUAUUUUUUUUAAAUGUGAAACCCCCAACGGCAAGGAUGAAGGACCUUCUGCUACUUUCGUUCCUUUAGUAUGUAGUGACUGCUGACCUAUGCGAGGGAGCAUGGUCCAACUGUGCAUCAGAUCAAAUUUUAAAACUGUAGUAGAAGCUAAACCGUAGCAUGUUUUGUUACCACAGUAUAUUCUGGCUGUGUUUUUUUUCCAGUAGUGAUUAAUUUUUAAGCAGCUGUGUUUUUUGAAACGCUGCAGACCCAUUGCAAGAACUAUAUAGGCCUAAAAAUACAAACCUGCAUGAUGCAUGAGAAAAGAUAUCUUAUUGAAUAAUAGGAAAUGCUAACAAUAAAUUUUAAUAUCAACGAUUAAAGCAAACAAAAGAAAAGAGAAAGCAAAACAUUGUUUUUAUGUACGGAACAUGUGCAGGUACUAUUUGGGGCCAAAUGUUUGGAGGCUACAUUGUGUUUUCCUACGUCCUCAGAGCACAAAGUUAAAACAGCUGUCAUACUGACCCAUGGAGCUGGUGGAGACAUGAACUUUAGUCAUCUUGUUUCUCUGGCACACUCUUUGGCCUCAAAGGGCUUCCUGUGUCUCCGAUUCACAUGCAAAGGUCUCAACUUGGUGUAUAGAGUGAAGGCUUAUCGUGCGGUGUGGCGCUACUUGAAAUCAUUGCCGAACUGGACCGUAAAGAACAUGUUCUUUGGAGGCAGGUCAAUGGGUUGCCGUGCUGCCGCCGCCUUGGCGAAGCAACUAAGUGAUGAAUCGGAAGGUGCCGUGCAGGGUGUCGUCUGUUUGUCCUUUCCGCUACACCCCCCAGGACAGACUCAUGCCCAUCAACAGCGCAGUGAAGAUCUCCGGAGGCUACCUGAAAACAUGGCUGUCCUCUUUGUUUCAGGCACAGAGGACAACAUGUGUGAUAGGGUCCUUUUUGAGGGAACAUUAAAGAAGAUGAGCGCUCAAGUGGAUGUUUUCUGGCUGAGUGGAGGAAGUCAUGGCCUGAAAGUGGUGGGAAGGUCAGAGGAGUCUGUAUUAGAGGAGCAAAGUGAAAUGACGUCAUCUGGUUUGGCCUCCUUAACCAAUCAGUCGGCCAUCACAGACCCUGCAGAGUUUGUCUUGAAAACGGGAGCACUCAUUCUCACGCAUAUAUUGUCAUUGCAGUCCUCUCGAAGAACCCCACCCCCCUUCCCUCCUCCCAACAUACAAGACAGGUGGGUGUGUUUCUGUCAAUCACCUGCACAAAGGACAUCUGUCAGAAACGGAUUCCGAGGUCCGUCGGGAUUUGACCUGGUUCGUAACAAUUACACUGAGACGAAAACCCACUUCUAUCAGUGCUUAGUCCGUCAUUUGUUUUGUUUUCCCCAGCAUUCUUCAGUCGUCAGCAAAACAAGCACCUAUCAGUGACGGACUGACGGACCUUCGAUCAGUCUUAGCUGAACGCCCACCUCUAUGUAUUUGUACUCCCGCUCUUGUUUGUAGAGAAGCCAGGAUUUUGGACACUUUGACCAAAGUGGAUUGAAGCAGGUGACGCGAGAUACAAUUUUGCCAAUUUAAGUGAGCCAUCACAUUCAAAAAG